AUGGUGGUAACUGAGUUGUUUGCUCAAUUCAACGUACAACUUGUCAUUGUGGGUUUAGAGAUAUGGGAAAAGAAUCGUGUGAAUCUUGAGGCGGAGGAACACUUUUUGAAAACACUUGCCAGUUUUAAGCGUGCAGAAGUGAAUGUUCGUCACGACUGCCUGUUUGCCCUUCUUGGAGACACCGAUCAAACUUCAAACACUCGUGGUCGAGCUAACAGAGAGGCCAUGUGCAAAUACUCAUCAUGUGUCUCAUUCGUUCGUGACUCACAAUACAUGGAGGUAAACGAAACCGCCCGGACUGCGGCUCACGAAUUAGGUCACAAUUUCGGCCUCCGACACGACACCGAGAAUUGCGAGUGUCAGGGUUGCAUCAUGGCUACUGGUGUUGAGUAA